UAUAAACAUUUUUUUAAAUGAAAGAAUGAUUGAUCUGAAUACAACCAAUUUUCUGGCUAAUAAGGUUGAAUCACCACUACUGCGCAACAAAUCGCAUAGUUUCUCUGAAGAAAACAACAACAACAACAGCAACAAUAAUAAUAAUCACACUCCAGCACCGAAAAACAUAUCAAAUAAAAAUCUAACAAAUUAUACCGCUGUAGAUACAACGUGCAAUUCUCCCCUACAUAGAGGAUCUGCAGCAAAUACUGAAAGACGCGGCUCGAGUAAUUUCAACUCUCACACGCCACAACACAGCACACCAAAUAAAGUUGAUUACGAUCAUAGACGUAAUUCGGGAACUCUACAAAAUAGAUUUAACGUUGAUGUGGGAGUCGCACUAAAUCACAGUAAUGCAAAACCACAGAUAACGAUUACUGACACCAACCAAACGCCCAUAAAUAAACUUGACCAGUGCAAAAACAUCUGCAACAACUAUAAUACUAAAGAUACAAAUUCACCAAAUCCACAAAAUUACAGUAGCGCUAGCGCUACAAAUACACACACGCACUCAUACAGUCUAUACCCGAAGGACUCAUUUUCAAGUUUAGAAGGUAAAGCACCGCGACAAACAAAUAAAAUGCAAACAAAAGUGGACGCAGUUGGUCGUGUAACUGGCGAAUGGGGCAGAUGGCAACUACGUACCGUGUUACUCAUAUUUCUAUGUAAGAUUCCUUCGAGUUGGUUCAUGGCUUGCAUUAUUUUUACUGCACCAUCACCACGACAUGGUGAAUUCUUCUGUAAGCCACCGCCAGCUGUGGGUGCGCAGAAUGAAACUCUUUGGAUUAAAGUGUCACAUCCACAGAAAGAAGAACUUGAUGACAAGGAGUUUGUCAUAGAUUUCUGUAACGUUUAUCGAGAUGCUCAAGAGCAUGCACAUCAUUACUAUCACUAUGAACAACGAGAAUUAGAACCAAAAGUCUGGGAGGAGCCAACAGCACGCAAUGCAAAUGUUAUACCCUGCACUCAGUUCGAGCAUAAAGCUGAAUUUCAUUCUGUUAUAACACAAUACGAUUUGGUGUGCUCACGUGAUAUUUUAGUGUCGGUAACACAAUUCUUCCAUUUGUUCGGUGUGCUGACAGGCGGUAUACUUGCAAAUCAUCUACUAAAAUAUUUUAGUCCUCGUAAUGUCAUGCUCUUUGGUAUGAUAACACAAAUAAUAUGUGGCAACUUAACCGGUCAUGUGGCUUCCUACGAACUACACGUAUUCUUCCGGUGUCUAUCAGCGGUUUGCUGCGCGCAAAUGUACACCGCAGGUGGCAUGAUAAUGGCGGAUAUAACGGGUGGAAAAUAUAAAACGUAUGUUUCGACAUUAUUCGAACAAUUUUGGUCAAUUGGCGUUAUGCUGUUACCGGGUGUAUCCAGCUUCUUUUCAAGUUGGUCGCAUCUUUAUAUGGCUAUUUCUUGGCCAACUGUGAUACUUAUCUAUUUAUGGCAAUGGAUACCAGAUUCACCACGAUGGAUGAUAGCACGUGGUCGCGUACUUGAAGCAAAAAAAAUAUUGCUGCAAUGUGUGGAAAUAAAUGGCACACAAUACAGUCUUCCGUACAAUAUAGAUCAGCAGCUGCAACUACAAGCACAAACUGCAAUGGACGCACCACCACCUGCCGGUUGGUGGACACUGUGGAAAGGUGAACGUGCUAUACGUCACAUGAUUUGCGUGCACUUAGCUUGGGCUAUUUAUAUUGUGGUCUACUAUGGCAUGUUAUUAAACAUACGUUCAUUUAGUCGUGAACAUUUGGAAGUGAAUACAGCUGUAGCUGGUCUUUGUGAGAUAAUCGGUACUUUUAUUGGAUUAUUUUUAAUAGUAAAAACAACGCGUAAAUGGUUAUGGACAGGACUGUUUAAUGUUGUAGCUGGUUGCAUAGCGUAUAUGGGUUGGAUCGUACCAGAAAACAUACCCAUCGAUGCUCGUGUAGCUCUACUUAUGCUCUCCGCGAUGGUAUCAAAAACAGCAAUAUCCACAACACUCUCCAUAUUGACAACAUGCACCGUUGAACUGGUUAGUAAUGAUAAGAAAAAGAUUUGUGCUUUUUCAACAAUUUGUUGGGCACGUUUUUGGCUGUUAGGCGCACCAUUUAUCGGUGCAACUGUGAUUUUCGGGCAACUUGUGCCGCAAACGGCAUUCGCUUCGCUUGCUAUAAUUGGUGGUAUUUCAACCGCUUUCAUUUCUAGUCCCCGCACUCUACCCAAAGAAAAAUCAACACAUUCUGCAAAUAAUAUGGCUCAAGCAACACAAAUGACAAAUAUUGGUGAUUGCGGUAUCGAUAAUAAAGGCUUCACCAAAGGUGCUACACCGCAUACAAUUUUUACAAGUAUUACGAAAUUGACUACACCAAACUCGAAUCUACCUCCUCAGUUAUUGCCUGGCGUUUGGACAACCAAAAGUCAUGAUGAUAACCCACAUGUAUAAACUAAAGCCAACAAAUUUUUGGUUGGUUUCAGUUGUUACAGUUUUUUUGCUUAUUUUUUUUUAAACUGUACAAUAAUAACAAAUUUUUUUAAUAAUAUACGAGUAUAUAACAUAAUAGUGGUAAUAGGCCUUUCAAUUUUAGAUAAAUAUACAUAAAUGUAUAUAGUAUAUACCAUACGAAAACAAUUGAUAUUGUUUUUCCAUCAUAUUGUAUUACUCAAAUCUCCAUUAAGAAUAUUUAAAGAACAUAUCAGAAGAGAAAAAUUUAAUAUUUAUUUAGAAAAAUAAGGGUCUCUACCCAUGUUCACCAAAUAUAUCUCUCUAGUAUUUUAAAAAAUGUUCUAAUCCACCCUAUUACCCUCCGAAAAAAAAAUUAUUUAAUUUAUAUUAUUAAAACUAAUAGUACGGAUUGGUUUUUUUCAACUCCAUUAAUAUGCAAAAUAUAAUAAAUUACUACCUUAGGAAGAGAAACCCCAUUUUUCUGUAUAACAAACAGUUGUAGUAAAAUUUCUCUAUACACAAUACCAUUUCGUUUUUGUACUAACAUACGAAGAUUUCUGUAUUAUUAAGCAGUUCUGCAGAUCAUACAUAAUAAUUACAAAAUGUGCAAUAAGAAUAUAAAAAAAUAGAAUAAAAAAUAUAUAUAUAUUAACUUAUUUGACUAAAAGAUAAAUUAGAAUUUAAAACUUAAUAUACAAUAAACGAAACGAAACCCACGACCUAUUGACCAUCGCAUUUGAUUCGGAAAUCACAAUAUAGACUUUGUACAAACAUUCAUUCGUUAUAGAACUUUAAUGAUCAAUAGACUGAUGAAUAUGCUUAACCCUCUUCUGCUAUAAACACAUAUGUUAUAUCAAACUGUGUUCUAGAUUCUAUACAUGUUCAACAUGGAUUAUUUUAAAGAACCCAUAUAUACAGAUUUAUAUACUAUACAUAUAAUACAUAUGUUUGAUUGUCUAUAACUGAAUUGGUUGAUAAUGUAUUAUUUUAUUACUAAGUAAUCCACCAAAACUUAAGAACAUUUUUCUUGUAUGUGUUAUCUGGUUCAAAUAUUUUAUAUAUCCUCUUUAAAGACAUACUUUCAGAAAUUCGAACAUGUUAAUAUCAAUUGUUUUUGUAGUCCACAAAAUCUCACUGAACCAUUUUCUCAAUAUACUAGCAAUUGCCUAUAUUAUAAUAAGCACUUAACGAAAGCCCAUUUUCAUUGAAAAUUCACAAAAUAGUGUCUCUAUUAACUACACGCUAUAUAAAAUUUUUAAUAUAUAUGAAAAUAAUCAAAAUGCGAAUAACUAAUUCAGGUUUAAAACAUAUAGGGAAUUUUAUUUUAACAAAUAAAUGCCGAAUACUGCUUAAAAAAAGUUCAUUUUUACAACUAUUAAACCACGAAACUAUAACCACUAUUACGACAACUUUUAAAAUCAACAAAAAUGUAGCGCUUAAAAUUAUUAAAAUGCCGAUCAAUUUUUAU